GAACUUCUCGGCAGCCACUCGCACCUGAUCUCCUCCAGCGCAUCCCACGUCAUUCCCGCAGUAUCGGUCCUGCUAGGCGACACGGAUGCUGGCGUCCGUCGAGCAUUGGCGAAGCUGCUCUUCUGGUAUCUGCCCAGGCUACCGUCCGCAGUCCUCUCUCCUCAUCUUUCCACCCUCAUCCUCUACACCACUUCAGCGCUCAGCAACAUCUAUGCCCAGGUUCGCAUCGAUGCUUUGUCCACGCUCGAUUUGCUGAUUCGUAUUGCACCCGCGCAUGUAUGCGCAGGUUGGCAAGACGCUCCUGCCAUCCGGUCCCUCGCCUCGACAUCCACCCUUACUUGCACUUCUCCUUUGCAAAGUGCAAGCACCAGCGCCGGAGCUAGAGUCGCGGAUUGCUUUUGCACUCUUCUCGGCUUGCACUCCCAUGCCAAUGCCGCAGCAGCAUCUACCCUUGCCCCACCAGCAUCAAUGAGCACAGCGCAGAUCAGCACCAUAGCCUCAGAUCUGAGCUCAUCUGCCAAGAUUCGCCUAUUCCAGACACUCUCAGCUUUCAUUGUCGCCGCGGAAAGUGGAGAACGGCAGACGAAUCACGUCGAGGCUGAGGCGCAUGAGGAGUUCGGAGAGACCGAAGAAGAUCUUGUUGCCUCUUUCUGGCCCAUCGCGUCUUCAUUCCGCACACCAGCUGCGUACCGCGCUUUUCUGCAUUCUCUUGCGCUCCAUUCGCCAUCGAAUGCAAAGCGUGAUGACGCCGUCGUUGACUGGUCUCACAACGUAGCAUCAGGCAGCUUCGGAAGCAGCGCCACGCAGAGCACACGGCUCACCGAUCCGCUCACGACAGCGCCUUCGUCAGCGGCAGGUCAUUGGAACUUGCAGGACCUUCAAGGAGGCAUGCGAGACUGCAUCGCUUCUGGCUCUGCGACCUUUCAGUGCCAUGCCCUCGCCGCGUCAACGUCGACGAUUGGCGAUGCGCGCCAAGUGCUUUUCCAAGCUUUAUCCCCGCUUCUCUUGUCUUCCUUCUUGGAAGCUGCUCCGGCCGCCUUCCCCGCCGCUCUACCUGACUCUUCUCCCGCGUCAAGAGCCGAGAAUUUGGACUUGGUGCAAGGCGUGAUUGAUUUGACGCGUGCGCUCUGGCAAGGGAACGGGAACGCGCCUUCUAGAGAAGACGGCACACGAUCCCAAGCGGCCCACACGCUUGGCGCUCUUCUUCAGAAAUGGUCAAAGUGGUGGCCUUUUGCUGGCAGGCCAGCCGAGGGAGCCCAAUCACCGUCAGACUCUACCAUCGCUCGCUUGCAAGCUCUAGACACGGCGUUUGCGGAAUUGUACGCUCUUUGGAUGUUUGCGGGUGUCCGGCCUGACCAAGCGCAAAGGAAGACCAAGGCAAGAAUGGUCAGAUUGUCCGACGUGCAGGCGCACGUCGUCGAGGUCCUCUUGCGCGACGCACGUAGCAAUGAAGGUUUCGAUUGGGAUGUGUUCCCGCAGGCACCAGGCACGAAGGCCAAAGAAGGAGCUUCACUUCAAACAGUCGUGCCUGCCUCUGCUGUAGAGGGCGCUAAAAGUCCACGGUCGCUCACAGCAGAAGAAUACACGGCUCUCUUGCCCAGCAUCUGGAUGCUGCUAAAUCGACGAAAAGACGUUGACGAGGGCGCUGCAAACUCAGAAAUGGCUGCCAUGGCUGCCUCGGACAUGGACAACGGCGUGCGUGCUGUGUUCGUUGCGCUGCUUGAACACUGGUGCGCUGCAAAAGGGCCAGCGAAACGUGCCGCGACCAAGGCUAUCUGCGCAUUUGUUUUGGUGAAAGCGGGAAGCAAGUUGAUCAAGGGACCUUACUCCAGGUUGGAUUCGAAGUGUCAAGCUAGAGCCAAAGGGCUGCUGUUUGCUCUUCAGCCCCUCGAUCGAGGGCUUCGAGAAGCCGCGGAGAGCGUGGGCGCGGUUUAG